AGCCAGCGAGUGGCAGAAUCGCGGCAGAGGAUGGAGAGCAGCGAUGAAGCGGCCGUCGAGAAAUGCCGAAUCCACUUGCGCCCCGGCACGCUGCGCGACGCACCUCCCGCCACGUUGCACCUUCUGCCCUGCGAGGUUCUGGUUAGCCGGCCUGCCCCCGUGGGGCGCUUCUUCACCCCAGCCAUCCGCCAGGGUCCCGACGGACUGGAAGUGUCGUUUCGGGGCCGCAAACUACGCGGCGAGGAGGUGGUGGUGCCGCCCGGGCUCGUGGGCUACGUGAUGGAAGAAAAGGGAGAGGGGUUGGUGGGGAAGGGCUUCUCGGAGGGUUCGUCGAAUGACAACGAGCAAGAGCAGCAGGAGCUGGUGGAACCCCCAGAGGCGCUGGAGCGGGACUUUCCGGCCCAGGCCCUAUGA